CAUGGGCCGAGGAACGGCCGGGCGCCUCAAUGGACCGGCCCGCCCACCGAAAUUCGCCCCGUAUCUUUCGUUUACCGGUGGUCCGUCAACCACCAAGGUCAGCCGAACGAUGAGGGGCAGCUGAGCGUCGCCACCGUCGCUUGUAAGCCUCAGGUCAGCGAGACAGCGAACAAGGCUCGGCGGGCUCUCGCGGUGCGCUCCAGCAGAGGUCUCUGAGCGGCGACACGAGCGGCGGCGGCGCAGGGCAGCACAGGGGCGGCACGUCACCUCCUCCCACCGGCCCGUGGCACAUCGCCGCCGGAGAACGCAGGCGCCGGCGCGGCUGACCCCGCGGCGCCCGCUCGUGCUGCACGGCUGCGAAGAGAGGAAAAAGGUACUCAAGAUGGCGGCUCGCAGCAAGUCGGCCGAGGCGCCGCCCGACGCAGGCCCCGCCCCCUCCCUGGCACCGAGCCGGGGCGCCGGGGCGCCUCUGCGCAUGCUCAAGAGAACGGUGAUGCUGGAGACCGUCAGCAAGUCGGUCACGGAGCGCAAGGAGAGCACGAAGCAGGUCACGGACCAGGCGACGGGCGUCGAGCGCCGCCGCGACUCGCACAUCGAGUCCAGCACCACCGAGGAGGUGCGCAGCAAGCGCCAGGAAGAGACGGUCGAGUCGUACGACGGCGCGCCGCUGCUCGCCGCGUCGCAGCCGACGCUCAGUACGCCCGCUCCAGCGCCCGCGACCGUGGCCGGCGGAGGAGCCUCGGUACCCGACGUGUCGGCAGACGCGUCGCGCAAGCCCUCACCCAAGCACCCGGUCGCCAUUCGCGUCCAGGACGACCACGCCGAGGAAGAAACAACGUCGGCGGCGGAGCGCCCGCAGGGCCCCGAUCACGCGGCGCCGCAUACAGGGCCAGUCGUUCCUGGGGCGUCCAUCUUGAGGGCCCCGUCGAGCGAAGACGUUGAGAAUCGCAAGAGCACGGGCCACAAGCUCGAGUUCCAGGAUGAGGAGGCGGAGUACCAGCGGGCCCCGCUCGUGAAGCCACCGGCAGACUUGGCCCUGAAGGCGGCCACCAGCAGCGAACAGGGUGACGACGACGACGAGGUGGCCGAGCCGCCGCCGUCCCGCUUCAACCUGAGGCGCAAGGACUCGAUCGCCGUAGCCAAGCUACGGAUGCUGCGCCAACAGGAGGGAGAAGCCAGCGAGGAAGAGCCGCUCGACGAAGACGAGGCCGAGCUGGGCGCCGCCUCGCCGGAGAAGAAGCACCCCGUUUUCCGGCCGCCGACAGUCAUCGGCAUCGUGCCCGAGGAAGAUAUGUCCACGGCUUCGGAACUGGUCGACGCCCCGGCAGGGAAAGGUCCUCCUCCCGCCGCCGCCGACGACUCCCAGGCUGUCGAGGGCAAACCGCACACUGUCACCGAGAGCAGCACGCACGUCGACAAACAAGUGACCUCGAACGAAAAGCAGGAGGUGCAGGCGUUCGCCAACGAGACCGUCACCCGCGUGGAUGCCGACGAGGUCGUCAAGCAGACCCGCUCCGAGGUGACCUCGGAGACGACGACCUCCAUGGUGCCACGCGAAGCCUCGGCCGCCGCCAUUGUCGCGACGGUCGUCGACGACGUAUCGGCCAACGUGAAGACCCCCAUGGACAACCGCUCCAUGCACUCCCUUUAAUGCGCCACGUGCCACAGUUACAAGACCGUUUACCAUUACAAGCAGCGACAGCACGUCAAGCAGCUGCAGGGUGCUUGGCGGUGUCUACUGUGGAAUCGCUUUUUCUUGCCACACCGAAGCCAUUUAUUAGCUGUAGUGUUCACCUUCCCCUGAAUAUACCUACCACCGGCGGCCUUAGUGCUUGUGUAAAGCGGCAGCUAAAAUUCGGUUCGUGUUGAUGAAAUAUUAAUCCUGUAAUGCGUGUGUGCUGACUUGUUCACGAUGUCGCAAGCGCCGACCUAGAAUGGGCCAUGCAUGGCGCCGACCACGCGUCUCGCAUUACGGGGAAAGAGCUUCGCUCGCGAAAUGGCAAGCCCACAACAAGCCGCGCAGGUAGCCACACGCAUCUGAUUCGUCUUUAGUUCAGCAACAUGGCUGCAACUGUUCUAUCCGGACUGUCCGAAUGUCAUUUGUGCGUACGGCAAUGCAGCGCUUCCGUCCAUCGAAGCCCACGAAUGACAUCCGAACGAGUUUUCUAAUGCACCUCUAGGCUUUUGAUGGCACCUGUGACAUGCUUGCCAAGAAACCGGAGCCUGUCAUAAAGAGCAAUCAACUGAAAGGUAAAAAAAAAAAAAAGAAACAGAGCGGCUGUAGCGUAUAGCGAAUGGUCCGGAACCAAAAGUGUGUGCUCGUUACAAAAAGAAAAAAGAGAGAGGGAGAGAGAAUCAAGGAGAAAAUUGAGUGCUAGGAAGAAAAAAACUGGUUGGUGAGCUCUCUAGUUUUGUGUAGGAUAAUUGUAUUUAAUGGGCUGCGGUUGAUAGAUUUUUGCAGAAUUGAACGCGACUGAUGGAGGUGCUAGCAGGCACUUUCUGUACAACGCUCCGGCUAUUAAAAUAAAGAAAAGAAAAAAAGAAAAGGAAAAGUAAAUGUAGAAAGGAUAA